UGAUCUAGUAUCUUUUUUUUUUGUUGUUAACGACUGCCAGCAUUUUCCAGGGAUGAAGGCAUUUUUUUCCUCCAUCCAUUCCCUGCAUUUGUGUAAACGCAUCUCAGAUCCACUUAUCGUUUGAGGGAAUGAUUUACUUAGGGAAAUUUGUAGACCUCACCCCAAAGGAGAGAAAACAGGUACCCCUGUUCACUCCUAGGGAAGGGCUGUAGCUACAGGCUCCCUAAGGGGCAUCCCUUCCUGAAAGGGCCGUGGGUGGACACUGCUCCACGGUUCUGAGCUAAGUGAACUGUGACCUGAGACAACAGAUACAGAGGCUCAAAGCAGGCCCCUACCUCGGUAUUUUGCUCCCUAAUCAAGACACCGUGCCUGCCUCUCCUUCCUCAUGGCAGACAUCUGGAGGCACGAGGGCAUAGGGGCCACCUGGCUUGGCUAAUCCCGGUGAUGAUUCUCACCCGGUGGAAUUCUCGCCUCGGCGAGUUCCCCUACAAAUCGCUACUGUGCCUAGCAAGGAGAGCCGUCUUUCCGCCUCCUCGUGGGGGUUGCCGCCCACCGGUGUAGGAAGAGGCUGGGGAGGGUUCCGCUCCGCGUCUCAAGGGGUGGCAGGGCUUCUCCCGCCGGGGCGCGGCCACCUAUUUAGCGGGACGUGGCGAGCAGCUGGACCGAGCUGAUGGCUGCCUGGGCGGGCGAGGCGCGGGACGCACACAUGUUCCCGGCGAGCAUGCCCCACUCGUGUCCGCAUCCCUACCCGCCAGGCGACAAGGCCCGGGAAGGUUGGCGGUUCCGUGCCGGGGGCUACCGGCCGGGGCCUCCCUCCUUCUUCCCGGGCUGCGGGAACCUGAGCGCCACCGAGUACUUCGACAGUUACCGGCGGGCGCAGCUCAUGGCCCUGUUGUCGCGGAUGGGUCCCCGGCCGGUCAGCAGCCGCGAUGCCGCGGUGCAGGUGAACCCGCGCCGCGACGCCUCGGUGCAGUGCUCGCUCGGGCGCCGCACGCUGCAGCUCGGACAGCGCCGGCCCGGCCCCGAGGUCCGGCCGGGUUCCCGCCCACCCUGCAGCCCCGCCGGCGCCCGGAGGCUCCCGCGCUCCUGGCGCACUGUCGCCGUGUACUCGCCGGUGGCCUUCUGUGGCCUCGCCUCUCCGCUGGAGGGCGGGCAGAAGCCCACCGAGGGUGAGCCGGGGCCGGCACCCGCGGGGACCUGGGAACCGGAGCCGGGAAAGGGAGAGGUGGCGGCGAGGAAAGAAGUCCCCGAGCCGUGCAACAAAGGGGGCGACGUCCAAGACGAAGGGGAGGCCGGGCAGGAGCAGCCGCUGCGGGAGGACCCGGACAGUGGGGCGACCUCGCAGUCUGAGCCCCGGAGUCAGGAGCUGCGUCCUGCCGCAGAGACGGCUCAGGACACGGGUGACUCGGCCUCCUCGAGAAACGGGGUCUCCCCGCAGAGCACGGAGUCGGACAAGGAGCGCCUGCGCUUCCAGUUCUUAGAGCAGAAGUAUGGCUAUUACCACUGCAAGGAGUGCAAUACCCGAUGGGAGAGUGCCUAUGUGUGGUGUGUGCAGGGCACCAGCAAGGUGUACUUCAAACAGUUCUGCCGAGUGUGCCAGAAGUCUUACAACCCCUACCGAGUGGAGGAUAUCACCUGCCAAGUAAAUCACACAAGAGUUGUAAAAGAACUAGAUGCGCCUGCCCAGUCAGACUUCGCCACGUGGACCCUAAGCGCCCCCAUCGUCAAGACUUGUGUGGGAGAUGUAAGGACAAACGGCUGUCCUGUGAUAGCACCUUCAGCUUCAAGUACAUCAUUUAGUCCAAGUCGGACACGUUUCUGCCAGAUGGGGCUGACGGAGCGGGCAAGCGAGCUUUCUCCCACGCCCCCCUCUCCUCUCCACCUCUCCCUUCUCAAAAUACUUCAUGAAAGGCAGUAUACUUGGAUAAAGCCCGUGAAAUAAUAAUAAUAAAAAAGUAUUGCAAAAACA